AUUUUCCUGUAAAAAGAGAGCAUAAAUUCAGUUGCAGCGUCUCAUUCAUUUAUUAUUUCCUUUUCUUUUCUUAUAUCAUCAAAUUUUUAAGCCUGUAAGGUUUCAAGGUAGAAAAACAAAACAAGACAUUUUCUGUUUACUCAUAAAUAAGAAACCUAGUUACUCACUGAAUGGUAGGCUCCACCAAAGAAGCCAGAUCCCGCCAAUGUCCCAUUUCUAGGCCAAUUUCUAAAUCUUAUGUCAAAUUUUUUAUCCAUAUUUUGAACUAGCAAAUCCCUAAUAAUAGGACAUAAGCAGGAUUCCACGUAUAUCCCUAAUGAUGUUAACGAACGCCUGCCCACCAUAAAUCUCGGAGGAGAAAGGGGAAUGAUUAAUUGAGAAAGAGGGCGUGGGGGAGGAGGCAUGGCCGACCGAAGGUCACCAGCAAUGCCGGCGGCCUUGGUUCGGAACGGAGGAGGAGGAAGAAAACGAGAGAUGCGGCCAGGGGCGACAACAAAUGAGGGAUGGAUCACAGACAAGCCUUGGCAGUUGUGUCCAAACUCUAUAUCCGACAAAACCUAUCGGUAUGAAAUGUCACCAACCGGGAAGUACACCAAGUUGUCAAAUCAGAAUCCCUCAAGAAAAAGUUGUCAACAGAAAGCUCUUCCUUUGCAUAUAUAGUAUUGCCGCCUUAUACAAACAACAAAAAUCAAAAACUUCAACGACGAGCGCAGCCGGGCAAUUUUCCAUGGCACCGCUCGAAGCUCACGAGCUCCUUGCAUGCCUCCUGGUCGCCGUAGCUACCCUUCUCCUCUUCAGGCGGCUGCUCCCUCAUCGGCAACCUCCACCAGCUUCCCUGCCUCGCCCGAGGGGCCUGCCCCUCAUCGGCAACCUCCACCAGCUCGGCGCGCUCCCGCACGACUCCCUCGCGUCCCUCGCCGCCGCGCACGACGCGCCGCUCAUGCUGCUCCGCCUGGGCUCCGUGCCCGCGCUCGUCGUCUCCACCCCGGACGCGGCGCGCGCGCUGUUCCAGCGCAACGACCGCGCCCUGUCAGGCCGCCCGGCGUCGCUCGUCGCGGCCACCAGGUUCUCCUACGGCCUGCAGAGCAUCUCCUUCGGGCCUCCCGACGGCGCGUUCUGGCCCGCCGCACGCCGGGCGUGCCUCUCGGAGCUCCUCGGCGCGCCCCGCGUGCGCGCGUUCCGCGACGCCCGGGAGCGCGAGACCGCCGCGCUCGUCGCGGCCGUGGCGGAUGCGUCGGAAGCCGGCGCGCCCGUGGACCUGAGCGACAUGCUUGUCGCCGCGAGCAACAACAUCGUGCGUCGUGUCGCCUUCGGCAGCAGCAACGGCGGCGGGGGAGAUGGCGGCAUGGACGCGAGCGCUGUACUCAAGGAGACGCAGAGGCUUCUCGGUGGCUUUUGGGUCGCCGACUACGUGCCGUGGCUCGGGUGGCUGGACGCGCUCCGUGGCAUGCGGGGCCGCCUGGAGCGGAACUUCCAUCAGCUCGACGCGUUCUACGAGCGCGUCAUCGACAGCCACCUCGACAAGCGCAAUUCCGGAGCCUCCGACGAAGAGGAGGACUUGGUCGACGUGCUCCUCCGCCUGCACGGUGACCCGGCUCAUCGGAGCACGUUCGGAAGCCGCGACCAGAUCAAAGGCAUCCUCACGGACAUGUUCAUCGCCGGGACCGACACGUCGGCGGCGGCGGUGGAGUGGACGACGACGGAGCUAAUCAACCACCCGGAGAUCCUCGCCAAGGCGCAACACGAGGUACGCAACGCGGUCAGCGACACCGACGCCGACAUGGUCCGGGAGCCUGACCUGCCGCGGCUGAGCUACCUGAAGCUGGUGAUCAAGGAAUCCAUGAGGCUGCACCCGCCCGUGCCGCUGCUGGUGCCCCGGGAGACCACGGAGCCGAUCACGGUCCAGGGCUACGGCGGGCACGAGAUACCGGCCGGGACGCGGGUGUUCGUCAACGCGAAGGCCAUCGGAGCGCACCCCGGCGCGUGGGGGCCCGACGCGGCGCGGUUCGUGCCCGAGCGGCACGCGCAGGCCGGGGCGGACGCCGAAGACCACAAGCCGUGGCACGACAGCUUCGCGCUCGUGCCGUUCGGGAUCGGGCGGAGGAGCUGCCCCGGCGUGCACUUCGCCACGGCCGUCGUGGAGCUGCUGCUCGCCAAUUUGUUGUUUUCCUUUGACUGGCGCGCGCCGCUACCAGGAGGCAAGGUGGACACGGAGGAGGAGAACGGGCUCACGGUGUACAGGAAGAACCCUCUCCUGCUGCUCGCGAAACGAAUCAAGAAGCGUGAAGCGAGUCAGUGAUACGGUUUGAUACGUGUCAUGCACCUAAUUAGAUUUUCCGAAUUAAUUAUGGAGUACGAUGAUGUUGUAAGCUAUGUUGGCGUAUGGCAAGACAACUCAUUGUGAAUCGGCAAUACUCUCUCCGUUCCUUAAAUUACGACGUACUCCCUCCAUUUCAUAAAGGUUAGCGUAUUUUGUUUCGUUAAGACAAUGUUUUGACCAA